AUGGUCUCGCAAGUUUCGUGUAAGCGUGUUAGAGAAACAUUGACAGCUGUUGCGGAAGCCAGUUCGGGCCGAAUGAAGGUUCUACGGGGGAGCGGGGCACGGAGGGCAACGCAAGUUGCGCAACACGCGGCGCCGGUGAAUGGGAGCCCAGCGACGAGUGGGCGAGCGUCUUUAUCAAUGGACGGCGAAUUUGUCGCGUACGCGCGGCGGCGUGUCACGGCCGCAGCAUCCAUCCGUUUCCAACCUCGC